UGUACAUGUAUACAUCAAAAUUAAACAAAGGCAUGAUCGAUAUUCACACAAAAACGGGUGUCAAUUUUAAGUAUGCUUUUGUACAAAGUCUUUGUUAAUAUUGUAUUUCUAUAUAAUGGAGCUCAAUGUCUUUACAUGUGAAAAAGUAAGCGAACCAGAAACGUUCAAAUAUUUUCAACGCAGUAGGUUUGUUAAAAUUGUGAAUACUUCGAAGUGAAAAUAUUUUUCUAUUUGGAUAUAGGUUACGGAUGAUAUAGGAUAUAAAAAUAUUUUUUGAAACUUCGAAGGUUUUAUAGAAAAAGCGAAAAUGGCUACUGCCGGAAUGGGAAGACAAAGCCGUCUCUGUGUCAUACUGGUAAAAGUAGGAACACCAGUAGCAAAAAAAGUAUUCGAGAAACGUGUCAAAGACCUCACUCCAACUAACCAUAAUCCAUCUCCUUGGACAGUUGACGAAUUUCUCUUAGCAAACAAGCCAAAAAUAAAAUUGCUGAAGCUUCAUAGUCACAUGUGGUCUAAGAUCUUCCCCGUACAGUCUCAUAAGGUAAAGUUACAACAAUGGGAUUUAGCACUGUUGUGUACCAUUUUAACUGAAUGCUGUGACCUUCGACCAGAUAUCAGACUUGAUAUUUGCCAGUUACGAAAAUCACGCAAUAAUUUUUUUCAUAUGAGUGAACCGAGCAUUGAUGAUCACAAAUAUCAGCAUUAUUUGACCAAACUGAAGGUGAUUUUCGAUAGAUGUCUCAAAGAAAUAAACGACGACGCUUUCACGACAGAAAUGAAUAAAAUGUUUGAGGAUCUUGAACAAGGACAGUUUUCACAAGUUGAUGCAGAAGAGGUGAUGAAAAAGUUGCAGUCUAUGCAGGAAGAAACAAAUGAAAGACUUUAUGAACUUGGACAAACGUGGACGGGUGCUAUAUUUGAAACAAAAAUUUUUAUCGUGUGUGGAAGGGAGAUUACAACGGAAACAGAACAUUGUACUGUCGUGGAUACACACCCUAAAAUCGUCGUUACACAGAGAAAGAUGUCAACACUUAAUAUCACGACUGCGGUCUCUUUUGAGCCUAAAACAAACUCGGCUAUAUGCGAGAAUCAGAGAAAAAUUGACAUGUCCUACCUGCAAUACCUACCAGAUGCAGUACAGAAAAGAUCCAUGCGAGUGUCAUCUUUGUGA